AUGCUUGAUGAGGCAGAUGCCCACCUCUGUCCUGUCCGUGCACUCGCUGAUUGGAUCAAUACCACUGCCAUCGCCAAGGGCUACAUCUUUCACAAAAUAGGAUCAGGUGAACGGCCUGUCACCAAGGACUCUCCAAUGACCUCUGAACAGUUUCUGGAGCUCUUUCGUAACAAUCUUCUUGAUAUUGGGAUUGACCCAUCCCCUUACGGAACCCACUCAUUUUGA